AUGGCGGCUGAUCACGCGCUGCCAUUGGCGCCGGCGCCGUCGUCCUCGGCGGCCGUUUCGAUGCACUGCGCCGCUGGCUACUGCGUCGGCUUUUCUUGCGCCCUCGCCGCUCUAGGAGCGCAGGGGCGAGUCGCUGGCGGGUGCGAUCUUGGCGCCGGCCGCCGGGGGUGCCGGUGGUCGCGCGCCAGGGAGCUCGCGCUGCGGGAGAAGGUCGCCGCGCUGGAGCGCCAGGUCGAGGAGCUCCGGCACCGGCGGGCGGAUGACGCGAAGGCCAACGAGAAGGUGGCGGGCAUCUUCGCGUCCCACGAGCAGCGGUGGUUCACCGAGCGCAAGUCCCUGCGGCGGCAGGUGCACGCCGUGGUCGCCGCGGCGCGCGCGCGCGAGGCCAAGCGCGAGGAGGAGGCCGCGGAGCUCCGGCGGCAGCUGGAGGAGCAGCGGGACGCGGCGGCGCUAAAGGACACAGCCCUGGAGCAGGAGAUUCAGAGGCGGGAAGGCGCUGAGGAGCGGCUGCGCGCCGCGGAGCAGGCGGCAGAGGAGCUGCGGGAGCGCGCCGGGAAGGAGGCGGCGGAGCACGCCGCGGAGCUGCGGAAGCACAAGGCGGCGUUCGUGGAGCUCGCGUCCGCGCAGCGGCAGCUGGAGGCGGACCUGGCCCGCGCCGCGCGUCUCGCGGACACGGCUGAGGCAGAGCUCAGGGAGGCCCUGGAGCGCCGCGACGAGGCGGCCUCCGCGGCCGCGGACCUCUCCGCCGAGGCCGCGCGCCUCCGCCGGGACGCGGACCACAAGGACAAGAUCCUCUCCGCAAUGCUGCGCAAGUCCAAGAUCGACAUGGAGGACAGAGAGAUGCUGGUGCGGGAGGUCAAGAUGUGCAAGGCCAGGCGGAAGCAGGCGGAGCUCGAGGCCGAGCGGUGGCGCAAGAUGUGGGAGUCCCGCGGCCACCGCCGGGGAUCCUCCAGGUCGUCGGCUCGGUGCGCGGCCGACCAGCCGCAGCCGGCCGGGUGCUCCGACAAGCUGCUGGCCCCCGACGCCGCGGCGCACGAGACCAGCGACACCAAGAUACUGUUCGUGGACCACGUUGAGGGGGACGGCAAGAAGUACCACCGGCAAGCGACGGCGAAGGAGCUGACCACCAUUGAAUGCGUCGACCGGUAUGCCAGCCACGUCGACGACAAGCCCGCCGUGGAGGAGUACCAGGGCCUGCAGGAGUGGUUCCAGAUGGAGACGGAGAAGUACACGGCCAUGAUCAAGCACCGGCACGCCACGGAGAUCGAGGCGUUCACGGAGCAGCUCCGGCUCAAGGACGAGAAGCUGGAGGCGUUCCGAUGGCGGGCGGUGAGCAUGGACGUCGAGGCGACGCGGCUCCGGUCCCGGAUCCAGGAGCUGGAGGCGCGGCUGGCGCAGCACGAGAAGCACAGCGCCGGGGUGGAGGUCCUGCUCCUGGACAGGGAGAACGAGAACAGGGCACUCAAGGAGCAGCUGAAGACGCUCCAAGCGCAGGCACUCGGGGUGGAAAUCUGCACGGCGGCCGGUGACCAAGAUGACGCCGACGACCGCUGCAUCCCAUGUUCACCUGUGAAGAUCCACAGAACAUUGUGGGCAGAAGCCGAUCGGCUGUCAUCCGGCAGCUGGCGGCAUCAAGAGACCAAACUGGACGGGCCAGCCUCCCCAGAUGAUCACAAGGAGAAGGCGUUUGAUGUGGAAGCAGCAGAGGCGCUUGUCGUUCCAGUUCGGGAUCUCGCGUGCGCCGCGGCGGCGACGUCGACGGAACACGACGCCCCGGCCCGGCAGUCAUUCAGGUCUGAGAUCGAGGAGGAGAAGGAGGUCUACACCGAUCCCGGGAACGCGCAGACGCAGGCCAGCACGAGCAGCUCCCAGGAGGUGACAUCCGAGCUCGCGCUCGUGGCCGUGCCACCUGACCAGAAGACAAACUCUGCUUGGAAGACGGACAUCCACGCCCUGGCUGUGUCGUACAAGAUCAAGCGGCUGAAGCAACAGCUGCUGGUGCUGGAGAAGCUGGCCGCGGAAAGCAGGGAGGAGGCCGCGGCGGCGAAGCCGUCCGGGAGCGAAGCCAGCUGCAGCAGCAACAGCAGGCAGCAUCCGAGGACAAGGUACCAGACGAUGAUGUCCUUCCUGAGCAAGCACGUCAAGCGCUACCAGUCCCUCGACGACAAGAUCGACGACCUCUGCGCAAGGAUGGGGGAGAGCAAGAGGAGCGUGGGGCGGGAGGAGCGGCGGCACGGCGGCGGGGAGCAGAGCGCGGCGCUGGGGCAGUUCCUGGAGGAGACGUUCCAGCUGCAGCGAUUCAUGGUGGCCACGGGGCAGAAGCUGCUGGAGACGCAGUCCAGGAUCGCGCCGGGCCUCAGCCGCGGCGGCGGCGGCGGGGACGGCGUGGACAUGAAGAGGCUGAUGGACGUGGCCGGGGCGCUGCUGAGGGACGUGCAGCGGGGGCUGGAGGUGCGCAUCGCGCGGAUCAUCGGGGACCUCGAGGGCACGCUCACCUUCCACGGCAUCCUCCGCACCUCGCGCUGAUCUCUGUGUUCCAUGACUUGAUCCAUGAUGUGUUAGAAGGGACUUGCUUGGUCUUUUUGAUGAAGGGAGGUUUGCAGUGAACUUUGCUGCAGUACAUGUUGGGGAUCAUGGCUAUUGGAUUUGGUAUGAAUCUAACUUCCACUGAUCAGAGACUC